AUGAAAUUAUUUUCGGCACGUUUAAUAAAACAUAAUGUACAUUUUACAAGACCUAUACUGCCUCGCGUGUUUUACUUUUCUUCGUCCACCACAAUUACCGUACCAGAAAUUUCAGUAGACUAUUUAAUAAUAGGAGGAGGAGUCGUAGGAUUAUCAAUAGCCGAAAGAUUAUCAAGACGCAAGGGAAAAUCUGUAUUAUUAGUUGAAAAGAACUCAAGAUUAGGUGAAGAAACAAGUUCAAGGAAUAGCGAAGUAAUUCACGCAGGAAUAUACUAUCCAAAUGAUUCCUUAAAAACAAGAUUAUGCAUUCGAGGAAAAAAUUUAUUAUAUUCGCUUCUUUCUUCUGUAUCCUCAAUUCCUUUUUCACGAGUUGGAAAAUGGAUAGUAGCACAAGAUAAUGAAGCAGAAAUUUCUUAUUUACAAAAUCUUCAUAACAAAUCAAAAGAAAUACAAGUAGAAACGUAUUUUCUUCCACAAACAAAAAUUAAUUUAAUAGAACCUUAUAUUAAUGCAAAAGAAGUUUUAGUUUCACCCACAACAGGGAUAUUGGAUUCUCAUAGUUUAAUGAAUUAUUUUGAAUGUAAACUUAAAGAUCAAGGAGGCGAUAUAGCCUUAAAACAUAAAGUCGGUAAUAUAAUUAGAUCACCACAAGGAAAAGGUUAUUUUAUUCAGAUUGAAAAUGACAAAUCAUCUUUAUUUACAAUAUAUUCUAAGAAUGUUAUUAAUUCAGCUGGUUUAUUUAGUGAUAAAAUUGCGAAUUAUUUAUUACCACCAGCUCAUCAUUAUAAACUUUAUUAUGUCAAGGGUCAUUAUUUUGGUUACAGGGGGGUUGUAAAAACAAAUCAUUUAAUUUAUCCAGUGCCUCCAAAAAAUUUAGUAAAUGUAGGUACUCAUUUAACUCUAGAUUUAUCUGGCAGAAUAAGAUUUGGUCCCGAUGUGUUAUAUCAGGAUGAUCCAGAUGAUUAUUCAUUGAAUGAUGAUAGAAUUGAUUCAUUUGCUGAUGCUGUAAAAACUUACAUACCAUCUAUUAAAAAAGAGAAUUUAUAUCCGGAUUACACAGGAAUAAGACCCAAAUUGCAAGGACCUGGAGAACCUUUUAGAGAUUUUAUCAUAAAGGAAGAAAUUGAUCAUGGUUUAGAAGGGUUUGUUAAUCUGAUAGGGAUUGAAAGUCCUGGUUUAACUUCAUCAUUAUCAAUUGCCGAAAUGGUUGAUGAAAUAUUAUUAGAUAAAUAG